UUUGGCAGUAAGACGUAAAUAGCAUUUAAGAUCAUGUACGCAAAUGUUCUCAAUUAAUUUCUGAAUUUUCCAUGAUAAUUCAUUUGGAUGUAACUGUUUUUAAAAUGUCUUCAUACACCCGUUAUAUAUCGACAAGUUGAAAAUUCCUAAAAGUUCCGAAAAAGUCUAAGGAACUCAACAUUAUUUGGCCUUAUUGAAAUAUUGUGCGAGAAAUCGCAUUUUUAUUCGAAUCUCACCUUGCGCUCAAAAGUCGGUAUUAUUUUAUUACUUUAACAAUGUCCUCGCAACAAACGGUGGUCCACUGGUUCCGCAAGGGUCUGCGGUUGCACGACAAUCCUGCGCUGCUGGCAGCAAUUCGCCGUUGUCGCGAUUCCCCUCAGCAAUAUGCACUGAGACCGGUUUUCAUCCUGGACCCGGCCAUCGUUCAGUGGCUCCGAGUUGGCCCAAACCGGUGGCGCUUCUUGCAGCAAACUUUGGCGGAUUUGGAUCGGAAUCUCCGGAAAAUCAACAGCAGGCUUUACGUCGUUCGAGGAAACCCAGUAGAUGUGUUCCCAAAACUGUUCCAGGAAUGGAAUGUCUCUUUCUUAACAUUCGAACAUGACAUCGAACCAUACUCAAUAAAAAGGGAUGCAACUGUUGAAGAACAAGCCAAGAAGCACGGCGUUAAAAUACAAAUUGAGAAAUCUCUAACGAUUUACGAUCCGGAUGCGAUUCUAAAAAUGAACGCAGGAAGGCCACCUCUAACUUACCAGAAGUACGGUUCGUUGGCAUCGACUUUGAAGAUCCCUGAACCCGUAGCUACACCAAAGGAGAUUCCAUCGGACUGCGUUCCGAAACAGGAUUCGAAUGAGCGAAAGAGGGCCAACUGCUACGAUCCACCUUUGCUCGUAGAAUUGGGAGUCAAGGAGGAAGAUUUGGGAGAAUGCAAGUUCCCCGGUGGAGAAACGGAAGCGUUGCGGCGUCUUGAGGAUCAUAUGAAACGGAAAUCUUGGGUCUGUUCGUUCGAAAAGCCAAAUACGUCGCCUAAUUCAUUGGAACCGAGCACAACGGUUCUGAGUCCAUACGUAAAGUUUGGAUGUCUGAGCGCUAGAUUAUUCAUGCGAGAGUUGCAAACCGUUAUCAAAGGCCAGAAGCAUUCGCAGCCGCCAGUAUCUCUAAUCGGACAGCUGAUGUGGCGUGAGUUUUAUUAUUGCGCUGCGGCCGAUGAACCGAACUUCGACAAGAUGGUGGGGAACAGCAUUUGUCUUCAUGUUCCUUGGGACAGCAAUAAGGAGUUCCUGGAAGCGUGGACUCAUGGUCGAACCGGUUAUCCAUUCAUCGAUGCAAUAAUGCGUCAACUAAGGCAAGAAGGCUGGAUUCACCAUCUGGCUCGGCAUGCCGUCGCUUGCUUCCUGACGAGAGGUGACCUCUGGAUAUCCUGGGAAGAAGGACAACGCGUAUUUGAAGAGUUCCUCCUUGAUGCAGAUUGGGCCCUGAAUGCUGGUAAUUGGAUGUGGUUGUCCGCCUCUGCCUUCUUUCAUCAGUAUUUCCGAGUGUACAGUCCGGUGGCCUUUGGGAAGAAGACCGAUCCAGAGGGAAAAUUCAUCAAGAAAUACGUCCCCGAGUUGGCGAAGUACCCUUCCGGUAUCAUUUACGAACCGUGGAAGGCAAGCGUGGAUGUUCAGAAAAAACUCGGAUGCAUCAUUGGGAAGGAUUACCCGAACAGAAUCGUCAUUCAUGAGGAAAUACACAAGAAGAAUAUCCAAAAGAUGACGGAAGCCUAUCGCAAAAAUAAGGCGGUCAAAGAAGGGAUAAUGAAAGGCGAUAAGGAUCCGGAAGCUCCUAACGCUGGUGGAAAGCGAAAAUCGAGUUCCUCGUCAUCGCCAUCGUCAUCGAAGCCGACAGCGAAGAAACCUAAACUCAGGGAAACCUUGAUCAAGUACCUCAAAAAGAAGUAGAAAUCUGUGGGACAGUUUAAUUCAGUACUAUUAUGGCCUUAUAAUUGGAAGCAAUGAUAAUAAAUCUCUAAUUUCACCGUUUCGAGA